AUGAGCACAGAGGAACACCGACCUCUCCUGCCCUCAGAUCAUGCACGCGUCCGCUAUGCCUCCGAAGUGACGACGUCAGCGCGAAGGCAGACGAGACAGUUCUUGACGUCCAAGACGGGCCAUUACGCCGUGCUGUUGCUCGUCUCGUUUGACGUCAGCUGUGUGUUUGCCGACUUGAUCAUCACGUCGUUGGCGUGUGAAGGGCAUGUAAAGAAGGAUGACGCUUCCCGAGUGACCGAAAUACUGGGCAUAGUCAGUUUGGUCUUCUCAUGCCUCUUCAUGCUCGAACUCCUAGCCAGCAUCUGGGCAUUCGGACUAUCCUUCUUCAAGUCAGCCUUCCAUUGCCUCGACGCUGUAGUAAUUAUCGCCGGCUUGGUCAUCGACAUUCUUCUCCGAGGUACCUUGGAAGAGAUCGGCUCCAUCGUCGUGGUCCUCCGUCUCUGGCGAGUCCUCAAGAUCAUCGACGAGCUCAGUGCAGGCGCUGCGGAACAGAUGGAACCUCUAUCUCAACGGAUCGAAGCCUUGGAGAAGGAGAAUGGGGAGCUAGAGAAGGAAAUCGGGGAGCUGCGAAGACAGCAGCAGCAUUCAGUGUGA